AUGUCCCCGAAAUCCCUAAACAACACCUACCACCCUCCACCUCACCCCUACCGCAACAAAAUCAUCGUCGCCGGCAUAGUAAUGGCCUUAUCCGCCCUCCCCACCCCCUCUUUCCUCCUCCCUUCCUCAACCGUCCUGCCGGCCACAGUCGCACGGUACCUGCGCUACACACAAAACUUCCUCUUCUACUUCCUGUACGUUGCGCACGCAGCCGAAACCGCGUGGUUCACUACGAAACUAUCCAAGCAUGGGGUGAGCGCUGGGAGUGGCGCGUGGUGGAAGUGGCUAGGGACGAGUUUCGUGGGUGGGAAGUUUUGUUUUGAGUAUUUUGGGAAGGUGGUUGGGGAGAAGACUUUGUGA